CACACACACACACACACACACACACACACACCAAGUAUUUUUUAUCAGCGCUCCGUCACUGACACACACAUGAAGAAUGGGCAGAUGAUCAUCCCUGUGUGACUCAACGCAGCUUCUCCUUCCUCUUUUGCCGCUCGCCCUGACAUGGGAUGAUAUGGGAUUUUACAUGUCGACGAAGAUCGGGGGGAUUCUCGCGUUUGCUCUGGUGUUCCUGUCCGUCUCUGUGUCAGGAGACUCAGCAGACGUCAAGUGUGAAAAGGUCUACAGGGACUUUUCCUUCUGUGUCCUGGAGCUAGGAGAGAGCAUGGACAACUAUCAGGAGAACGUGACCAGUGAGAGUGGAGUGGCGGCCGUGUGCAGCCACUGGGAAGCCUUCCACACAUGUGCUCUCACAGCGCUUGCCGACUGUCAGGAGGAAGUCAGCUCCAUCUGGGAGACGCUGAGGCAGGACUCCAGGAAGAUGCGCUUCCAGGGAAGUCUGUUCGACCUGUGUAGCCCCAGCUCUGCUCCCAGCAUAUGUCCAAAUCUCGCGGCACUUACUCUGCCACUGCUGCUGAUCGUGACUUGGCCGAGCUGGCCCACUGUAUAGAUGGGAUCGGGGCGAUGGUGAGUGUGAGGAGAGGGGAGAGGGAAGGAGGGCCUCACAUUCCCCCUGGGUUCAGUUCUCCUGAGUUCAAACUUAAAGCCAAGGAUUUAAGAGAGACAAAUGUUUUAACAAGGAUUAUUUUGACACAGAGCCACGGAAGCCUUUGGCAAGCCAAUCAAUACUUGCUGUGAUGAAUAAUGUUUGAAAUCCUCUCAAAUACUUCAGCUUGAUCUCUACUUAUGUCUAGACGCUGGUGCAGCGGUGGGGAAAAUUACCUUUCUGCCAAUUUAUCAGUUCAGGCACACUAAAGCAAAAUUCCAAGUACUGUAGGGAUUUCACAUUCAAUGAAAACCCGAGUAUGACAGCUCUGUCUCUCGAUCAACACUACACAAUAGGUGGACAAAAUAAUGUGGAUACCUGUAUCACCAAAAGCAAACAGAAAUGCAACAGCAUAUUUGUGAAGAUUAUAAAGCAAUGACAAGUUUUAGCAGCAUCAAAAUUUGUGUGUUGUAUACACAUUUCAUUCCUGCUCCUCAACCUGAAUGUGUGUACUUGCUCUAUGUAACUUUGGUGAUCAUGUAUGAGUAAGAUCAGUGUGGAACUGACUGAAUUUCCCUAAGAAGUCAUUAAAAAACAGUGUUUAUCUCAGACAUUCAGCGAGGAAUCUUAAAAAAUAUCAAGAAUCUAAACAGAGUUUGGUGUUUGUUACAGCGGCAGCUCCUCUGUUUCAGGAAGCCAGAGAUCGUGGGUAACGUCCACUGUUCAGUUGUGUUUCAGUUCAGUGAGUGGCACACAAAAGCCAUUUAACUCACUUGGACAUGGAGCACAACGGAAUGAAUCAGCACAUGUGGCUGAAGAGGACGCUGUUGCUCAGUAAAAGUUACAUAGUGUUGCUUUAACACUGAGGUGUUUCUUAAGAAGUAUUUGUUGAGCACUAGUUCUCAUCAUAUUACACUGAUGGUGUCCUGUGAAUGUGUCUACUCCCUGUACCAUGUGUUUUAUGGUUUUAUCACAACAGACAAAGAAAUAGUUAAUCAUUUUGGUAGUUAGCUGAGAACAUCUACUCCACUGUCACAUAUAUACAUUAAACAUAAGCUAAUACUAGCAGGUACAUACAAUUUUGUCGAGGAUGAAAAUGAGAAAUAAAAUGUGAAUUAGUAAGUGUUAAGGGCUUUUGUAGGCAGACAUUGUGAUCUGUGGAGGAAGCUAUCUGUCAGUGCUAUCUGUCAGUUUUAGUAUGAGAGAUUUAGCCACUGAUUCGUCUAAUUCUCUGCAAACAAGCAAAUAAAAUACAUUGCUAUAGUUUCUCUAUAAUGUUAAACAGUGAACACAGCCAGUCCAUAAAGAUGUUAUUAGCUAACACAGUACAGGAAAACAUUUAAAGGGACCCAUAAGCAAUAGCAAUGUUUCUGCAAAUCUCAGCUCUCGGUCUAAAAAUCACAAAACUGUAUUCAUUUGUUGUUGGUGUGAAAACCAAAUCACCCAUCAUUGUGAGAGAAUGACAGCAAAGCUAGCAACUGCAAUGUUCAAAUACAUAACACGUGAAAUGUCCCUUUAACGUGUUUCUAGCUGUAUUGCACAUGUAUGGAAGAGACAAUCAAGCCCCUUGUUUGAAACCUUUGACCCCUUCUCUCCAUCGACAUGUCAGCCCACUGUGGCUGAUGUGGCACGGCUGCUACAAAGACACCAAAAACCCACGUUCACUCCUCCAGCUCCUCCCUCUCUCGCUCGCUCAGAGCCACGCCCCACACCUUGGGUCACUCUUAUGAUUGAUCAUCAAAAUCCUGACCUGUUGAUGUCUGUGACAAAAGGGAAAUAUGGAGCGUGAAUGUUCAGUGUUUUUUGUUGUUUCAGAUGUCUGUUACAUCUUGUUGGAAACUUCUCACCUGUGUUAAACACACACAACAUAAGCAGAUCUUUACCUCAGAUUACUGCAAAAACACAGUAUGGUAAACAGUAUGCAGAUAGAAUCCAACCCUGUGUUUACUAUCACAGAGAUUAGAUUUUCAAAGAAGAUUCUGUAUAAUUCAGCAAAAUUAUGAUUAAAACUUCCCAAAUUAUCAUAUUUUAAUAUUCAUGCAGCUUGUUUACUUAAAUUUAUGCACCUAUAAUUAACUUUGAAUGAAGUCAAAUUAUAUGCAAUAGCGAAAUAGCAGCUGCCAUAAUAUGUUUUUUUAAACCAUAAAAUUGGUUUUGUAUAUGAGUUGUAUUUUGAUUAAUCUAUCUAUGAAUUAUGAUCUCAUAAAAUGCAGAUUCAAUACUGCUUCAUUUAUCCAUUUCAUGCCUUUAAUUUGGUGAAACUUGGGCUUGAUUUUACUACAAAUCCUCAAACAGCAAAAGCAGCAAAGAGAAAGAAAAGUGUGGGGUCUCAUAGAAAGAAAAAGGAUAAUAGGUGCUGAGGUUAGCAGCAAUAUGACUGGCAGCAUCCACCACUGAUUAAACUGAUGUCUCAAAUAAACACUGUUAGCACAAAUAGCUGUGAUGGUCCAUAUGAUGUUAGUAUUUAGGAAAAUGUGUGACUCAUCUUCUCAUGCGGCAGUAGUCACUGAGAUUUAGAGCAAAUAAAAAAUUGAUUAAGCAAUAGCAUUCAUCUUGGUUUCUUCAAAACUGUCACCACUUGCACAUUUAUUUUAAUUGUCCUAGGCAUAAUCAAAAUAGAUAAUUUCCAUGAUCCUGAAUAUUAUUCGUCACCAAUUUUGAUCAUAAAUGCAUGGGUUUUUGUGGCAGUUCCUUCCUCGGACACGGCGUACAGUGGUAUUGAUCUGUGCAUGAAGUUACGCUAGCUCCUCAGUGUAUCUGCCUUCUUUCUUAUGCACAUUCAGACACCCACCCCCGCACCCAUCACAUUAGCAUGUUUGUUGUAGUCAUUUUUUUUUUUCAUGUUUCACAAGUGGUAGCAUUAUUAUCAUCCAUUGUGUAUCCGGUGGUGAGAGUACAAACCAGUUGUGGUGUCCUCCGAGCAUGAGCAAUAUGUACGGUCACUUCUUUAAAGAGGUCUCUUUAACAUCUUUGUAUGCUGUUUAAGAAAGCAUGAAAAUGACUGUGUUAUCAUGAGCAUUACACAACAAUUAUCCCUGAAAUCAGUUUAAACAUGGAGAGAAUUGUUGAAUGUAAAAUUAAGUCAGUACCCGUACCCGUGUGAUGUUUUCAAGUUGACCGAUAGAAAAGCACACCAUUUACAAACUGCAUAAAGCAAUAUAUGGCAAAGUAAUGUUUGUAAUAAUAAAGC